AUGUACAAGCAGUCCCCCAGCAGGAACCAGAGGUCCAAACGGCUGAAGCUCAAGUAUGUCCUCCAAAUCUGCUUGUUGCUAGCCGUUUGCUUCUGGCUGAUAUACCAAGUCAAACACUCUCACGACAAGAAACGAGAAUUCGAGGAACUCGACUCGAAAUCCUCCCUACAAACAAAAUCUAACAAUGGUGAGAUAAUAAAACUCGGGAGGAAAGACAUUGUCAGCUCACGAGAGGAUGAGGGUAUCAUUGAAGAGGAUGAGGAAAACAAGCCUGAAGAUGAUGAGCCUGAAAGAAUAAACAGUCACGAGCAAGAUAAUCUGGACGAUCGCGAACAAGAAAAUCCGGAUGACACCGAAGUUGAUAAGGAAGAGGAUUCUGUAGAUGAAGAAAUCGAAUCCCGAGAAGUGGAAACGGAAGGGGAUGGUGUUGUGGGUGAAAAUGAAAGUGAGUCGGAUGACAAAAGCACGCACGAGGCUCGUGAGGAGCAGUACAAGGCUGACGAUGCUUCUAGUGCCGUGACUCACGAUGCCCAUGGAAGUACUGAAAACUCGAAUGAGCAUGUGGAGAAUGUUCUUGAAGAGAAGAGCAUGGGGAAUGGGAAUAAAACAGAAGAAACUAACGAAGAGGAGAAAAAUCGGGAUGAUUUGGACGCGGGAGGUGGCGAAACCGGUGCAUUUGACCAAAAGUCAACCAUCACGACCAAUGAGGCGAAUGUUGAUGUGUUGAAUGAGUCUGAAAACCAUGCGCCUCCGAAUGACACUGUAGUCGAAGGGUUUAGUCGUGAUUCGACAGGAAAUGACCCGGCUUUAGAGGGAAGCAAUAGUUAUUCUAUCUCAAAUGACAGUUCUAACAGGAUGGAAUCUAUUUCAGCGGGUCCCAGUGAAAGUAAAGAUGCCGAACCACAGUCUAAUGAUGGAAUCUUGACUAAUUCGACUGGUUCUGGCGAAACUAAAGAUGGGGAAUCACAGUCUGAGGAUUUCUCGAAUUCAGAUAAUAAUAACGAUAAUACGGAGGCUUUACUGUCGGGACAAAAUGCUACAUUAGAGGCCUCUGUGGGUUCAGAGAAUAGAACUGAGAAUAGCAAUAGUGUUGAGCCCGAGAAAGAGGAUACGAGUGAUGGUACAUACGAAAACCCGGAAAACUCGGAAUCCACAGGCAAUGAUAAUCCCAAUGAAGAAAUUCAGCAAGAUGGCAUUGACUUGUCGGAAUCUGAUGAUAUGUCGGGUUCUGUUGAGGAGAAGGAAGUCCGAACGGAUUUAGAGACUCUUCCAGAGAUUCAAACCGAAGGGACUAACAAUGAUGACGAUGUUGCUGCCGAAUAG